AUGAUUUCAAGAACUAAUUUUUAUUUUUUAAAUACUUCCUCAUUACAUUACAAAUUUCCAUAUUUACAAAGAUAAGAGAUAAACUCAUGUCUUAUUUCCAAAGAGAAUUUAACCACUACGUUCGAAUUAUUUCUUUCUUUGAAUGAUCUUGAGAAUUGGGAAAACUUUUCAAAUUAAUUUAGUGUGAAUUUUGACUUCAAAAUAAUGGCUUUACCUGCAGCUCAACCAGCUGAGGUUCUUCGAGCGCACCAAAAAGAUGACAUGUACGAAAAGCAACUGGCAGAAUCGGUUUCAAGGCUUCUACCCGCAAGACACGCUUCUAAAGCCGAACCUAUUUCAUCUAUUCUUUAUAAAUCGUUUACAACUCUAAAAGAUCUUCAAACGCUUGGCGAAGAAUACUCUGGAAUUGUUCAGGUGGACGACACUUAUCAUAAAUUGCCAACAUUCUAUAAUCGUUUAUGCAGUAUGCUCUUAUCAACUUUUGGCUCAUCUUUAACUUCUAAACUUUUGCGCCAUUGUGAAAAGAGUGUUGAAAGAAAUCCGUAUUUAAAACCAGAAGCUCAAAAUGCGUGUUUAGUUGCGCUUAGAGCUUUAAACUCCUUGAUACCUCAGAUUGAGAACAUCCAUAGAGCUAUGAGCUAUAUAAAUGGAGGUCCUUUGCAAAUUGGCAAGACUGUGGCAGGUAUAGAUUAUGUGCAUGUGAGGCCUGCAGCGGCAGCUCACUAUGCUCAUUUAAGAUUACUGGGUAUAGUGACAUUGUUACAUGCUUUCGUGUCAUGUGGCCAAAGCGUAUAUCAAGCUAAAAAACAUAUGGAGCAAGUAAACGAUAUGCCUAGUGAAGUAGACAGUAGUAAAUCUUGUGUUGCUUGUUUAGAAGAAAUAGUACAGCCUUGUGUGCUACCUUGUGGUCAUAUAUUUUGUUUUGGCUGCUCUUAUGGAGCUUUAGAAAUGUGUGCACUAUGUAGAUCCCCUUUUAGAAAGAAUAUGGUAGUGCCUUUGAUGAAUUAUACACCUGGUACUUUAUAGUAAAUUUACUUAAUUCAAAUAAUUUCAAAUGCAUUCAAAUUACUGGUUGAGAAUAUUUUUACAUUUGUUUAUCAUUAGCAGAUUUGUUACAAGAAUAAAAUUUUCUGUCCAGUAAAUAAGUAGUAUCAAGUCUUCUUUUUAAGUUUAUGACACUUAUUCGAGGUUGCCUGUUAUAUCAUACGUUAUGGAUCUUAUAUCUUCUAAGUGUGAGUGUUGAAUAAAUGAACUGUUUAUUGGGUCUACUGAUAAACUGGUUUAUGCAUGAAUGUAAGAUACAAGCAUUGCUAGAUCAGUUCAGUCUGUGAGGUGACUGAUUAUUUAUAUUUCUCUCUGUUGUUUGGGAAUGAAAGAGUGCUGUUUGUCUUGCUAGCUUAUGUAACAAACAUUUUUUAAAUAGAGAGUUCCUAGUACAUUACUUAUGUGAUAUAAAUGCACAUUUGAACUUUGCAUUUAAAAUGACAAAUCAGUAUUUGAUUCUAAUGCAGAUAGCGUAGGUAAAGGUUUAAUUAU